GGAUUUUUUGUUCGGUGAUUUUUAUCACGUUUUAAAAUAUUCUGUGUAGUCUAGUCAACAACUCUAGUGAUAUAAAAUGAAAAAGUGUUUUGUGUAUUUGUUCAUUAAUGCUUGUUUUUUUAACGUGUACAAUGCCACAAUUUUGGACCUCAACGAAUACCUUAACCAAAAAGGCAAUUAUCUUCAAGAGAUGAUUAAUAAAAAAAACCACUUACAGCAUAAAAGAGAUUCUAAUUUUGUUAUGGUAAAAAACAUUCCAGAAGGCAUCUACCCAGAAUUAACUGACUAUAUUAAAAUAUUUUCAUUGUUUAAUACCACGCAUAUUCUUACUAAAAAUGGCGUCUAUGAAAUAAUUAAUAAUUCGAUCAUUUCACGGCAAGAUAUGGGUAGAUUGAAAAAAAUAUCAGAAAAUAAAUUUAUAACAUUUUUCAAGAGUGUUAUAUUUAAUAGUACUAGCUUUAUAGUAUUUAAUUCAGAAGUUACUGGAGACUCGUAUAUUUACCAAUUAAUAAAUGGUAGCUAUAAUUUGAUACAAAACAUAAAGUCACCUUAUGCUAGAGAUGCUCAUUUUUUUAUUAACAACAAUAAUCUAUAUUUGAUAAUGGUAAACAACAAAGGAGACAGCAUGGCAGAAUCAUCGAUAUGUAAGUGGCUAGGGUUUCAUUUUGAUGAAAUUCAAACAGUUUUUACGACUGAAGCAAUAAAAGUUGGAUCUUUUACUACUCGUACUGCAGAAAUUAUUAUAAUUUUACAAGAUAUACCUAACAAAGCCUUAUCCUCAGCAGUGUUUAAAUUUAAUAAUGAUGAAAUUAAAAAGAUACAGCUAUUAAAAACUUAUCAUGGUGUACAUUUAGAUACAUACACGAGCAAAAAUAAAAAAUAUCUAAUAAUUUUUAACCGAAUUGGAAACAACGUUAUAUAUGAAUGGAAUGAUUAUCAAUUCACAGUUCGAAGCAAAUUUCAAACAAAAGAAAUGGUUCAUAAUUCUCAAAUUUUUAUACUUAAUGGUACUCCGUUUCUUGGAAUUUCUUUUUCAAACAAAUUGCAGAUAUAUAAUCUAAUUUAUGGAAAAAUUAAAUUAGAAAAUGAAAUACAGAAUCCGUCAAAAUUAACUAAAUUGUUAGACUUUCAUGUAGACAAAAAUGGAACUACUUAUAUUAUUGAGUCUGAUGAGAAAAAUAUUAUUAAAAUAAUAGUUUUUUCCUUAAAAUAUAAUUUUACUAACACAGAACAAAAUUUGGCAGAUAGAGACAUACUAAGGGAAUGUUUUAAGGCUUUAGAAAUCAAAGUAGAUAGCGCAAACAAAAAAUUAGUUGGACUAAAAAAGAAAUUAUCUGAAAACGCUAGAUUCCGGAGGGAAGUAAUACUAAAAGUUGAAAAUCUAAAACAGGAAAGUGACAUAGAAAAUCAAAUACACAUUCUUAAAAAUAAAUUUGCUGAAAUAAACUCAACUGUGGACAACUAUAAAUUCCCCAUUGAAAAUAAUAUUGUUAUUAAUGGUAAAGUGAAUUUCAAAGGAGGUGUUAAUUCUAAAAAAAUCACCGGAAGCAACAUUGUGAUCAAAGAAAUAAAUGGACAAAAAUGGGUACCUGAACAGUGGCUUAGAUAUACUGAACCGCAAACCAUAUCUGGUUUCUCUAAAGUUAAAACAAUAACUGCCAGUGAAGUAGAAACAUCUUCAACUGAUCCAUUAUUUAAAGAUUUGCUGCUGAAAAAUAUGGACCAAACCAUCAAUGGUUCCGUAUCUAUAGAAUCUCUUACUGUGUCAAAACUUUAUGUAAAAAAGGUCAACGGUAUUCCUAUGGAAGAAGUAUACUACAAAAAUAAACCUCAACAAAUCAAAGGAGUCAAAACUUUCAAAUAUCUCAAUGCCGACGAAUUCAAUUUGACUUCCAUAAAUAAGGAUAAUCCCGAUGAGAUAAUAUCUUCUGUACUAUCUUCACCAAAUUUGGAUUUGGAUUCGAACAUAACUGUAGAAAACUUAGAGGUUGAGACCAUUAAUGGAAUUCCUUGGAAUCAAUUAAAAGAAAAUGUGUUUAGAAUUAAUAUCACCAAGGAAAUUACAGGACCGAUAACUUUUAAAAAAAUAAUAACAAAACAACUAACUGCUAAGAAAAUCAAAGAUAUUGAUGCGAGCAAUCUUUUAACGAAGACAACAGAUCAAAUUAUUGAAUCAAACAUGGAAUUUGAAAAUAUUUUUACCAAUGAAUUAAAGUUAGAAACUGUAAAUGGUAUAAAAAUUCCACAAGAUGUGGUUUUCGCUAACGAAAAUACCACCAUUCAAGGGCAUAUUAAAAUUGAUAAACUCAAAGUCUUGAAUAAUGUAACUCUUUCUGGUAAGUUUGAUGAUUCCUUCUUUUUGAAAGAUGGUGGACAUAUUAUGGGAACAAAAAUGUCGGAUUUAUUACAAAUAUAUUCUGGAAAAAUAACUAUUAACGGAAACUUAUAUCUUUCAAACUUGAAGCUAUUACCAAAUGCAAAACUAAUUGUUUCUGGAAUUGAGGUUAAUCCAAAUUUUACAAAAAUUUAUUGGACAAAAAACACACAUCAGAUAAUUUCUGUACCUGUGAAUUUUUUACAAGGCAUUGUAACUCCGCAUUUGCUGACUAAAGUUUUAAAUAAUGUUAGAAUAGAUCAAUAUAUGUUGAAUAAUAAUGAAAGAAGUUUGGAAACUGACUUUAAAUUUGAAAAUGUUACUAUUAAAGGAAAUGUCAUUCUGAGUGAUGCUGCGCAUCACAGACCUGACUUUAAUAAAUUGUUAAAAGAAGCUGUACAAACCACUGGAAACUAUGUGAUUCAUGGUAAAAAAACCUAUUUAAAAACACUAAAAGCUGAAAAUUUACAAACACUACAUUUAGACGGUGUUAAUGUAGAUGAAGCUUUGAAUAAGAAGUGGCCCAAAAAGGUUACAGGUAUCAAGACUUUCAAAAAUAUGCUAGUUAAAAACGAUGCAGAUAUCGCUAUAAAUGAGGUCGAAUACAUUAAUGGUAAUUCUGUAGAGAACUUUUUAUCAAAAGUAAUUUUUAUCGAUCGCCCUACAAACAUUACCCAUUUAGAUUUCGAAAAUAUUAUAGUUAAUAAUCUACAUGUAAAUGAAUUAAAUGAUCAUAGUUUAGAAGAAUAUACAUCUUUAACAAAAAAUUUACUGUCCGCAAAAGUUAUAAAUAAUUUAACAAUAAAAGGAAACGCUACUAUCGACCAUAUCAAAAAUAUAGCGUUUUUAAAUGAUAUAGCAUUUUCAGAACUACCUAAAAAUAGACCCGAAGCUGGAAAACACGGAAUCUCAAAUGAAGUUGAAUUUACUGGAAAAAUUAAAGUGAAAAACUUUAUUGCAGAUCAUAUAAAUGACAUAAGUUUGAGAAACCUUACUAGAAGGGUUCUAAAUCGCCAAUAUCCGCAAACUAUUUCAGCUUCUUAUACUGUCUCUAAUCUGAAAGCAGGUAAUAUAUUCACCAAAAAAAUAAACAAUGUACCUAUUGAAAAUAUAAUAGAUACUCAUACUACUUCACCUCAAAAAAUACUUUCACCGAAUGGAUCAGUAUCGCUAUCAAAUAUUGCAAUUAUGAGAAAUUUGGAAGCAGCACAGUUAAAACCAUGUGGAUUAGACACAAUCCAUAUCGAAUUAACUGAUCCGCCAACACAAAAAUGGACGGACAUUUUAAUAAAAGGCAACGUUACUGUACUGGAUGAAGAAUCGUUUUUAUAUAGAUUAUUUGAAAAAACGGUGAAACUCAAUACCAGAAAUAUCAUACAUUGUGAUGUUAAUAUUUCGUCACGUGCUUCGAUGAAAAAUUUGCAUACAAAUAAUCUCAUUAAUAACGUCCAUAUUCCUCAUUUAUUGGAAGAUGCAGUUCUUACGAAAUCAGAUGGAGAACAGAAAAUAACGGGCGAAAAAUGGUUUACAACUUUACGAACAAGAGUUUCCGAUAUUUUGGGUGAUACAAACGUAGAUUUUUUAAAUGAAGAAAAUGUUACUGCCCUCGACAAUGAUAUCAUUGAUAAAAAUGGAGAUAAUGUUAUUAGAGGGAAGAAAAUAUUUUACAGAGGGUUACAAACAAAAAAAUUUCAUAGUAAAACUGUUUGUGGUGUAAAUCCAGAUGAUAUUGUGAAUUUGGAUCAACCUAAACUUAUUCCAGAAGCUGUGUUUGAUACCCUUGAUGUAAAGGGUGACUUGAAUAUAAAAAUGUACAACAAACAAGAUUUUACUGGUUUUAUAGAAAAGAGAUUACUCAUAAAUGGAUUUAAAAACCAGGUUGCUACAGGCAUAUACUAUUUUGAUAAUGUUGAAGUUCAAAAUUUUACAACACCUUAUAUCAAUAAUAUGAAAGUUGAAGAUAUCGUUUUUGAUGAAGGUACUCAAAAUAUUACUAGUGUGAAAUAUUUUAAACACCCUGUAAAUGUAUACGGAAAUAUUUCUGUAAAUAUUAUCAAUGGUGUAAAUAUCACUUAUGAAUUUUUAAAUUCAAUACCUUUUGAGGGUUCUGUUGAAAUAGAUGGCAAUAUUGUUCUAUUAAAAUCUUCUAACAUAAAUGGUUCAUUAACUACAAACUCAAUAAAUGGUUUUCCCGUAACUUCAAUCAAAGAAUUAUUAUCUUCUAAUACUACUCUAAUUGAAAGUGAAGAAAUUUAUUAUUUAAAGGAACAAUUAAUCGAAAAAAUUAAUGAAAAUCUACCGAUCGUACAAAGUUUACCAACUGACUUUAUGUACCUCGAAAAUUCCAAUUCAUUACAAAUAACUCUUCCUAAUACUGUAAGUGGAUCUACCAUCACCUCUAAUGGCUACGUUUUGCUCCACAUCAAUGGACACGAAUCUGGUACUCACUGUGGCUUACCUAGCAACUGCUCCUGUCCUGUACAAUAUACUAUUGAAAUAUCUCCACAAAACUCUAUUAACAAAUUUCCGCAUAAAGGAUUUCAAAGAAUUUUCAGUUACGAUGAUGACUCUAUGACUGUUAAUUUCAUGACCAACAGUGUUAGCAGGAGUUCUACUUGCAGGACAACUCACUCGAAAGUAUACAACGAAAUAUCUAUGAUGACUUGGAAUACAAAAAGUCAAGAUAAUACAAUAGGCCAGUUUCACCAGUACGACAAAUUUUUAAGUGGUUACGUAAGCAAAGUUGAUUUCUUCACACUUAAUGGCAAAACAUAUGCAGUCGUGGGGCGGUACUAUGAUCCUGUGACAGAUAAAUACGAAUUAGAUUGCAGUGUACUAAGAUUUAAUGAUAAUAAGACUCGUGUACUUGAAAUUCAAAUUAUACCUACCAAGGGAGUAGAAGAAGUUUACUUAUUACCAACAGCCCAAGGAGUAGUACUAAUACUUGGAAACAAAAUGCCAUUAGAUUUUCAUCAUAAACAAGAAGAAACUCAAAUAUUUAGGUUCAAUCCAGAAAAAGAGCAGUUCUCUCUUUUACGGACGAUACCAACAUUCGGAUGUUCGAGUGCUGCUGGCGUUGUACACGGAUCUGAUAGUUUAAUAGCUCUAGCACAUAAAGAAGCUCCUGUACAAGUUCUCAAAUACUAUCCGGAGUUUGACAAUUAUUAUUUCUAUCAGAGCUUCGAGUUAGAUCAACCUGUUAUUGGUAUUUCAUCGUUUUAUGUAGGAGAUUUUGGCAUAAGUGACGCCUAUUUAGGUUUAGUUACAUCCCAAGAAAAGUAUUAUAUAUAUGCUUACCAAUUUUUAGAGGGAUUUAAAUUAAAAUCUACAGGAAAACUAGAUGGUUUGACAAAUUUGGUAUCGUUUAAAUUAAACAUGCAAACAUAUGUGUUUGCAUCUUCUGCGCAGUACAGUUCCUUAUUAAGGAUCGUAAAAAAUGGAUCUUGUUAAUG